UGUGUGUGUGUGCCGCUGAGUCUGUGUGCAGUGGGUGUGGGUGUUUGUCUCUCUGUAUCCGCCUUCUCUCUUCUCCUGGACUUUUAGCAUUUCCUGGGCUCUCCUUCCUCAUGUCCUGCCUCCUCUGUCUCGGGGCUCAAAGUGGGUGCCCUGGUGGCCAAGGGGGGCAUACUCCAGGACUUAGUGCAACCCCAGAUGCUGCCUGAGGCUUCCCUCCUGCUCCCCCUCCUUUUCUUUCCUCCUUUCCUCCCUCCCUCUCUUUCCCUUCCUCCCUCGCCCCCCCACCAAGGCUGGCGUGCCAGGGGGUGGGACAUGCCAAUCACUGGCUGUGCCUCUCCCGCUGCCAGCACAGGGCGCAGCUCCCCCCAGGAGCCAGGUGUUUGGGUCCCAGGAGACAUCUCAGGCCCCCGGAGAACCAGAGGAACUGAGGACCCUGCAGACCGCUCUUCGACCCCAUGGGCACCCUGAAUCCCACCUCCCCCAUCCAUCUUCAGCCCCCCUAGAUGGAUUGAACCAGGCUGCUGGCCAGAUGGACAAGCUGGAUGCCAAGGUGAUGUCCCUCCUCUGAGGAAAACCUGUGACUGGAGGAAGGGGCUACCCCUUCAUCCCAUCUGGCCGAAAUGAACACCUCAGCCCCGCCUGCUGUCAGCCCCAACAUCACCGUGUUGGCACCAGGAAAGGGUCCCUGGCAAGUGGCCUUCAUCGGGAUCACCACAGGCCUCCUGUCUCUGGCCACAGUGACAGGCAACCUGCUGGUACUCAUCUCCUUCAAGGUCAACACAGAACUCAAGACAGUCAACAACUACUUCCUGCUGAGCCUGGCCUGUGCCGACCUCAUCAUUGGCACCUUCUCCAUGAACCUCUAUACCACUUACCUGCUCAUGGGUCACUGGGCUUUAGGCACCCUGGCCUGUGACCUCUGGCUGGCCCUGGACUAUGUGGCCAGCAAUGCCUCUGUCAUGAACCUGCUGCUCAUCAGUUUUGACCGCUACUUCUCUGUGACACGGCCCCUGAGCUACCGAGCAAAGCGCACACCACGCAGGGCAGCUCUGAUGAUUGGCCUGGCCUGGCUGGUUUCCUUCGUCCUCUGGGCCCCAGCCAUCCUCUUCUGGCAGUACCUAGUUGGGGAGCGGACAGUGCUGGCUGGGCAGUGCUAUAUCCAGUUCCUUUCCCAACCCAUCAUCACUUUUGGCACAGCCAUGGCAGCCUUCUACCUCCCUGUUUCAGUCAUGUGUACACUCUACUGGCGCAUCUACCGGGAGACAGAGAACCGGGCCCGGGAGCUGGCAGCCCUACAGGGUUCAGAGACGCCAGGUAAAGGGGGCGGCAGCAGCAGCAGCUCAGAGAGGUCACAGCCCGGGGCUGAGGGCUCACCAGAGACACCUCCAGGCCGCUGCUGUCGCUGUUGCCGGGCCCCCAGGCUUCUGCAGGCCUACAGUUGGAAGGAGGAAGAGGAAGAGGAUGAAGGCUCCAUGGAGUCCCUCACAUCCUCUGAGGGUGAGGAGCCCGGCUCAGAAGUAGUGAUCAAGAUGCCCAUGGUAGACCCUGAGGCACAGGCACCCACCAAGCAGCCUCCCAAGACCUCCCCAAAUACAGUGAAGAGGCCCACCAAGAAAGGGCGAGAUAGAGCUGGCAAGAGCCAGAAACCGCGAGGGAAGGAACAGCUAGCCAAGCGAAAGACCUUCUCACUGGUCAAGGAGAAGAAGGCGGCUCGGACCCUGAGUGCCAUCCUGCUGGCCUUCAUCCUCACCUGGACACCAUAUAACAUCAUGGUGCUGGUGUCUACCUUCUGCAAGGACUGUGUUCCCGAGACCCUGUGGGAGCUGGGCUACUGGCUGUGCUAUGUCAACAGCACCAUCAACCCCAUGUGCUAUGCACUCUGCAACAAAGCCUUCCGGGACACCUUCCGCCUGCUGUUGCUCUGCCGCUGGGACAAGAGACGCUGGCGCAAGAUCCCCAAGCGUCCUGGCUCUGUGCACCGCACCCCCUCCCGCCAAUGCUGAUGGCCCCCUCUCCUGCAUCCUUCCACCCCAGACCCAGGGAGAGGCCGGUAGAAAGUGUGUACAGGCUGUGUCUUCAGCCCAGGGCCCUAUUCAGGCCCUCCCUGGCUUCCCAGGCCCCUGGGUCACCUUCCUGGACGGCCCAGAGAGACCCUGCCAGCUUUCCAAACUCCACUAUUCCCAGACAGGGAGUGAAACCUGGGGAACUGGUUUUUCUGUUCCCUGCUGUGUGGGAAUGGGCUAUUCACCAGGAAGAAGGCUCGGCUUGGGAGGAGGAUCCCGGCUUUGGACUCCUUGUUUGCCUUCAUACAGGAAGUCAGGAGCCAGCAGGGCGGGCCAGGAGUUUAACAGUGCAGUCUUCCUUGGCCCAACAGGAGGCCUGAAUUACAGUGGGAUAUAGUGCCUCCCGCUCAGGGCUACAGACCUGACUUGACACCAAGCACAGAGAAAGAAAAGUUGGGGGCCCAGGGAGCUGGUGACCCCUGGCUGGAGAUCCCCUCCUGGCAUAGGCAGAGCUCAGCCAGGUAGGCCCUAGGCACACUCUCCAGGACUGUCCAGCCUCCCUCUGAAUGUUCCCAGGUCAUCCCUAGGUGGGUCACCUUCAAGGCAAACGUCCCAUCAUCAGGACAGCGAUACCAGAGGGGAUCAGCAUGGCUAGUCACACGUCAACUCCCAAGGCAGCAACAGGAUGGGAAGCCAGGUGUCCUAACUGUCCUACUACACCAUUUUCCUUGGGGGAGGGAGGGAUAAGGUGCCUGCAAUCUAGCCCCGCACCCAUCCUCCUUUCCCUGAUCCCAGAGUAACCUUGGUCCCUUCCUCCUGGCUCACAGCCAUCACCUGGAUGAAUCUGCUCUGGGCAGAUCUAGCCAGGCCUCCUGCAUGCCAGCCAACCUCCAGCCUUGCCAGUCCCACAGAGGCCCGGCCCACAGAGACCUGGCCCCGCCAGCAGGUUCUCUUCCGUGAACUCUCCAAUCCAACCCAUGCAUGGCAUCCCAGCCACCCCAUCUCCAGGCUAGCCUGGUCCCAAAUGUUUUUUCCUCCCAUCCUCAUGUUGAGUCUGUGAAUAAAAGCCACAUAACCAGCA